CGUCGGCGGCGGAGGAGAUGGCGGCCGAGGCGCUGUCGCUGUCGCUGUCGAUGUCGGCGGGGCGCGCGUGGCGCUCGUCGCCGCCGCCCUCGCCGCCCUCCCCGCACACGCCGCACUCCGCCGGCGCGCCCUCGAGCCCGGCGUCGCCGCUCGGCCGGCACGAGCGAGACGAGUUCAUCGCGGAUCGUCGCUCCCUCGCGGACUACCUCAGGAGCCGGGCAGACCGAGGCCGCGCGGAGGGCGCGGAGCCGGGCUGGGGCGCGCCGGGGCCCGCCGCCGCCGCCUCGCCCGUGUACCAGCUCGCGGCCGUCGAGACAGACGGCGGCUCGCCGGAGGAGCGCGCGGAGGCGGGCGCGGGCCCGGCGGCGUGGCGGCGCCUGCAGCUGGACCCGCAGCGCCUCACGCAGUUCAACCUCAACCUCCGGGUGUGGCUGCACGCGACGGUGCUGGUGCGCGUGGCGCGCGAGCUGGACGCGCUGGACGCCGCCUUCGCCGCGCACGGGCUGUCCGACGUGCGCAUGGGGCAGGUGAGCACGGAGCGGCUGCGCAAGCUGGCGGGCGCGUUCCCGGCGCUGGCGCCGCUGCUGCCCUUCCUCGAGCCCUUCCCCGACCAGCGGUACGUGGUGCAGCGCUACAGAGAGCUGGCGGCGGGCGGCUGCCUGAGCGCGUACAAGUGGAACGGCGGCGGCGCGGGCUGGGACGAGGCGCGGCCGGCCGACGCCGAGCUGCUGCUGCACGCGCUGGCCGCGUACCUGGACGCGCAGCUGCCGCGCGAGGCGAGCGGCGCGGGCGGGUUCAGCGCGCGCCACGUGUCGGCCGCGCCCGCGCCGCCGCCGCGGGGCCCGCGCGCGCUGGCCCUGCACCGCGCCGCGCGCGCGCCGCCGCACUUCGUGCUGGUGCACGGCGAGGAGACGGUGGAGGUGGGCGCGGGCCGCAACAACCUGCUGCACUGCCUGCUGGUGUUCGUGGCGCUGUGCGGCGCGCGCGAGCCGCCCGCGCUGCGCCGCCUGCACCUCGGGCCCGCCGGCCUCAACCUGCUGUGGGUCAUCGGCCGGUGA